AUGUCACACCCAUUACGCCCCGUCGUUCAUGUCACACCCAUUACGCCCCGUCGUUCAUGUCACACCAUUACACCCGUCGCUCAUGUCACACCAUUACACUCGCUCAUGUCACACCCAUUACACCCGUCGCUCAUGUCACACCCAUCACCCGUCGCUCAUGCCACACCCAGUCGCUCAUGCCACACCCAUUACCGUCGCUCAUGUCACCCAUUACACCCGUCGCUCAUGUCACACCCAUUACACCCGUCGCUCAUCACACCCAUUACACCCGUCGCUCAUGUCACACAUUACACCCGUCAUGUCACACCCAUUACACCCUUCGCUCAUGUCACACCCAUUACACCCGUCGCUCAUGUCACACCCAUUACACCCGUCGCUCAUGUCACACCCAUUACGCCCCGUCGCUCAUGUCACACCCAUUACGCCCCGUCGCUCAUGUCACCCAUUACACCCGUCGCUCAUGUCACACCAUUACACCCGUCGCUCAUGUCACACCCAUUACACCCGUCGCUCAUGUCACACCCAUUACACUCGUCGCUCAUGUCACACCCAUCACACCCGUCGCUCAUGUCACACCCAUUACACCCGUCGCUCAUGUCACACCCAUUACACCCCGUCGUUCAUGUCACACCCAACACACCCGUCGCUCAUGUCACACCCAUUACAUCCACACCACUCCCAGGCCCCCACCCAAAACCCCGCAUUCCCUACGUGGCCCCCUACAUUAUUGGAGUGGAACGGGAGUGGGAAUAA